CGCUGCGGUUGAGUCAGCCUUAGUCCCUCACUGCUCUUCUCCUGGUCCCUGAAACUCGGCUGCCAGGGGAGCUGGGGCCACCUACGAAGGUGUCCCCUCCAUACUGGAUCCCUACAGGGAGCCAUGUGUGCCCAGUGGGGGCACUGCCCCAGCUGAUGCCUCAGAGGGGCCACCCAUCUCAAGAGGGGCUCUGGGCCCCACCUUACCUCCUCAUGGCGCAUGAGCCAGAGCCCGAGGCCGAUGGGCUGUUGGACCUCAGCUUCCUGACAGAGGAGGAGCAGGAGGCCAUUGCCGAGGUCCUGAAGCGAGAUGCCCACCUGCGCCAGCUGGAGGAGGGGCGCGUCAGCAAGCUCCGGGCUUCACUGGCAGACCCUGGGCAGCUGAAAAUCCUGACGGGGGACUGGUUCCAGGAAGCACGCGCCCGACGGCACCACCAUGCCCACCUUGGCUCUGACCUUGUCCGAGCCUCUAUCCGCAGGAAGAAGAGCUCCAAGGGAGAACAAGCUCUGGGUAGCAAUAGGGAAACCGAGGCUGCCGGGGAAGAGACUGAAGAGGAGUUGGAGCCCAGACUCCUCAUAGACAAGGCCCCUGAGGAGAGGCUCAGUGAGGCGGAGGCGGAGGGACGUGAUCUCCCCUCACCAUAUGUCCCCCCAAAAGCAUCAGAUCAUGAGGAGGAGCCUCGGGCCCAGGAAGCCCCCGGCCCCGGGGGUGCACAGGUCUACGAGCAGGAGGCGGGCCCAGAGCCGGAGCCNNNGGAACACGGCGCCCCGACACUUCUCCCUCCCCAGAGCCAGGCGGCGUCCAAGAUCCUGGAGAACGGGGAGGAGGCCCCCGGGCCCGGCCCCUCGCUCGACCGCGUGCUCAGCAGCAGCUCCUCCGUGUCCAGCCUCAACUCCUCCACGUCCCAACACCUGUCUUGGCCAGUUUCCUGGUCUUCAAAUGGGGAUCACAACGUUCUUGCGAGGCGUGGGUUUGACUACCUCCUCCCGGACAAGCAGAGCAAGCGCAAGACGGCCGUGAAGAAGCGGAAUCUGAACCCGGUCUUCAACGAGACUCUCCGGUACUCGGUCCCGCAGGCCGAGCUCGCCCGCCGCGUGCUGAGCCUGUCCGUGUGGCACCGUGAAAGCCUGGGUCGCAACAUCUUUCUGGGCGAAGUCGAAGUGCCCCUGGACACGUGGGACUGGGACUCCGAGGCCAUCUGGCUCCCCCUGCAGCCCCGGGUUUCGCCCUCUCCUGACGACCUUCCCAGCCGCGGGAGGCUCUCUCUGUCCCUCAAAUACGUCCCCGCUGGCUCUGAGGGCGCAGGACUGCCCCCGAGCGGGGAGCUGCACUUCUGGGUGAAGGGAGCUCAGGACCUGGUGCCUCUUCGAUCCGGAUCCCUGGAUUCUUACAUACAAUGCUCGGUGCUGCCUGAUGACAGCCGGGCCAGCCGCCAGCGGACAAGGGUGGUGCGAAGGAGCCUCAGCCCCGUGUUCAACCACACCAUGGUUUAUGACGGCUUCCGGCCUGCUGACCUGCGCCAGGCCUGUGCUGAGCUCUCCCUCUGGGACCAUGGGGCCCUGGCCAGCCGCCAGCUGGGGGCCGUACGCCUCAGCCUGGGCACCGGCAGCAGCUACGGGCUCCAGGUGCCCUGGAUGGACUCCACCCCUGAGGAGAAGCAGCUGUGGCAGACACUCCUGGAGCGACCAUGCGAGUGGGUGGAUGGGCUUCUGCCCCUCCGAACCAACCUGGCCCCCAGGACAUAGGUGCCUGACAAGCCUUGGCAAACCUCUCUCCGGACCCCCAUCUCAGGGCCUGCCCUUAGUGGAAGUCAAUAAAGUCUAUUCUAAGGGCAA